AUGGCAGAAUCAAUCCAGGACUUGAGAAUCGCCAUUAUUGGCGCUGGCAUGGGUGGUCUGGCUACUGCUCUUGCAUUGGCCAAGUCAGGCUUCACCAGCAUCCACGUCUUUGAAUAUGCGCACGAUCUCGGCUUUGUGGGCGCUGGCAUCCAUCUAGCACCGAAUAUGUCGCGCAUUCUAGACCGUCUAGGCGUGUGGGAGGAGAUCCAGCGGGAGGCUGUUGAAGCUGAAAAGACUGUUGUACGGGUUGGAUCGACGAAUUCCGAACUGGCCGAUGUCUCGUUCGACCAUAUCAAGCCCACAUAUGGAUAUCCGCAUAUGGUUGGCCAUCGAUCAACACUGGCAAAUGCUCUGUUCAACGGGUGUAAAAAAGAGCCCGCCAUUGCAUUUCACUUCUCCUCUGGCGCAGAGGAGAUCAACUCCUUUGGUCCGCUGCCUUCGUUUACUGUUCUUCCUCGGGAUUCCGGGAUUCCUGCAUAUCGCGUUGAAGCGGAUAUUCUCAUCGGUGCUGAUGGGGUGAAAAGCAAGACUCGAGUUGCGAUGCUGAAUGCUCUUGGUAUCAAAGCGGGUAUACGGGAUACUAACCAAGCUGCGUAUAGAAUUAUGCUGCAUAAAGACCAGAUAAAGGAUGACCCUGAAUUGUUAAAUCUCAUCAACAGAAACCAAAUCACCCGCUGGAUUGGCGAGAAGAGACAGAUCAUCGCGUAUCCCAUCUCCAACCACUCCAUCUACAACAUCGCAACAACACAACUAGAUACCAAUUUUGCAUCCGCCACAGAUGCAACAUAUACCACCCGUGGCUCGAAAUCUGCCAUGCUAAACACAUUCAACGACUUCUGCCCCCUCGUCCGACGAAUGCUCAAUUACGCCCCCGACGGCGAAAUCUGUGAAUGGAAACUCCGCGUCCACGACCCCAUCCCAACCUGGAUCCACCACUGCACUGCUCUUCUUGGCGAUGCAUGCCAUCCUACCCUGCCUCAUCUCGCCCAAGGCGCCGCGCAGGCAAUCGAAGACGCAGCCGUCAUUGCUGUCGUGCUCUCCCGGCUACCAGAUACACAACCGGACUCGAUCAGCCGUGCUCUUCGAGUCUACGAACAAAUCCGUAAAAGACGGGCUGACACGCUCACUGAAAUGGCUGCUGCGUCUGGGCGCACGAUGUAUCUAGGCGAGGGGGCUGCGAAGGACGAGCGCGAUCGUCAAUUUGCGGCGUUGAAGGGGAAUACAAGAGGACCUGUUCCAGAUAGGUAUGCGGAUGCGGAUGUGCAGAGGGGGAUUUACGGGAUGGAUUGCAUGGGGGUUGCGGAUGAGGAGUUUGAUCGGUUGUAUAAUGAGACACCGGAGAAUUAUAUGAUCUGUCGGAUUGAUGCGAAGCUGUGA